ACCGUGAGGUGGGGGACCGGAUCUGGAUGGCUGAUCAUACGGCCCUGGAAUCUUGACGGUUUCGGUACCUGAUCGUUAGUGACUGUGCGGUGUGCCCCAGCGUAAGAAUGAACAACGAUCACGGAGCAAGUGUAUCUGAAUUCUGAUCUGCAGUAGGACCAUUCAACUUGAUGCUUCACGCAAUACUGUAUCAUUUCCCUGCCCUUUUGCUAUGUAUUCUUUCUUUCACUCGCCAAAGUUGCAGAGAAGUAAAAAGCGCGCGAAAAGAUUGUUCACGACACCAUGCCUGAGCUUCCAGAAGUAGAAGCAGCGAGGAGGGCAGUUGAGGAGAAUUGUUUGGGCAAAACGAUUAAAAGGUCGAUUAUUGCAGACGACACCAAGGUUAUAGAUGGCGUCUCUCCUUCCGACUUCCAAGCGUCUCUCCUUGGCAAGACCAUCGUUGCUGCUCGGAGAAAGGGCAAAAACAUGUGGCUUGAGCUUGAUUCUCCUCCAUUUCCUUCAUUCCAGUUUGGAAUGGCGGGUGCUAUUUAUAUUAAGGGAGUAGCAGUUACUAAAUACAAGAGGUCUGCAGUGAGUGAUUCCGAUGAAUGGCCUUCCAAAUAUUCCAAGUUCUUUAUAGAACUAGAUGAUGGUUUAGAGCUCUCCUUCACUGAUAAAAGGCGUUUUGCAAAAGUUCGCUUGCUAAAAGAUCCGGCUUCUGUGCCCCCAAUAUCUGAACUUGGUCCAGAUGCAUUGUUGGAGCCUAUGACAGUGGAUGAGUUUGUUGACUCCUUAAGCAAGAAGAAGAUUACAAUCAAGGCUCUAUUGCUUGAUCAGAGUUACAUUUCAGGAAUUGGCAAUUGGAUUGCAGAUGAAGUUCUUUAUCAGGCAAGGAUUCAUCCAUUGCAAAUUGCUUCCAGCUUGUCAAGGGAGAGCUGCGAAUCUUUGCACAAGUGCAUCAAAGAGGUCAUUCAUUAUGCGGUAGAAGUUGAUGCCGAUUGCAGCCACUUUCCAAUUGAAUGGUUGUUUCACUUUCGCUGGGGGAAAAAGUCUGGAAAAGUAAAUGGUAAGAAAAUUGAUUUCAUAACUGCAGGUGGAAGGACAACAGCCUAUGUACCUGAGUUACAAAAGCUGACUGGAACCAAAUCGGGGAAGGAACCCAAUAAACCAAGAAAACAAUCUUCCAAGGGAUAUGAAGAUGAAGAUGGUGAUAAAGAGCCGGUAAAUGAGGAAAACACAGGACGAGCCAAAGCAAAGAAAAACCAGAACACAACUAAAGGUGCAGCGAGGAAGUCUCGUGCAAAAAGUAAUUCCGAGGAAAAUGACAGUGAUGAAGAUGGAGAUGGUGGCAAAGAAGAUAAACCAGUCAAGAUGGCCAAGAGAAAACAAACAAAGACAGAAGAGGCAUCAAAGAAGCUUAAAACCAGUCGGAAAAGCACUCAGUCAAGGAAGGUGAAAAAGUAAGAUGCCCUUGUGAUAAUUAUUAAGGUUAUUCACUGACCUUUCCAUAUUUUGUUAGUAGAAAUGGAGAGGAGGAAAUAUUUAGUAACUGGGAAUCUGGAAUUUUGUCAUAUAAGUUCAAUUUUAGGUCUGGAUGAUCCCAAAUCCUGUAUCAGAGAGAAGAUUGGCUGGUUGUACAGCUAGUUCACUCGUUGAUCCAAAACCCUUAAUAUAAGUUUCUUUUGGACAGACCAUGGCCCAACAGGUCGUAUCCUGCACCUGAUCAUUGUCCAGUAUUGCUCCAGUGCCUGAUUACAAUUUCAGUUAUUUCCAUAUAACGUUGCCAGUCUCUUUUUUAUAUUAAUAUAUUAGUGUAUGUUAGACGUGUA